AUGUGGUGUAGAGACGUGGCGCAUUAUUUCGAAUGGAUAGCCGGCGUCCCAGAGUUACGAUUCAUGGAUAUGCAAGAGAAGGUGAAACUUGUUACUCGUCAACUAUGCAAAAUCAUUUGCCUAACCGUUGCUUACUGGACAUACCGACAAGGGCACGACGGUAUUGUAUUUGGGAGUGGGAUUUGUUUCAUGCCAAAAGAAAUCCAGGACGAAAGCCUGAAGAGAUUCACCGAAUCUCUUGCAAACGUCAUUCAAAGCAAUAUUGUAUCCGUAUUCCGGAAAAUCGCGAUAACCAGAGAAGAGUAUCUUCUCUUGAAGCUCAUCAUUCUCUUUGACCCACCGUAUUUGAACUUUCCGCCUCCAGAGCGUCUAGUGGUUGGCACAGCCUUGAGAAAAUAUCAAACAGCUUUAAUGAAUCACAUCAAAGCCAGUCAUCGAUCGUCGGACCACAAUGCCAUCUCAGCGCGUAUAUCGGCACUGUUUGGAACAAUACCAUACGUAGAGCUGGCGGCGCAAGUUGACGACCUUCACUGGGCGGUGAUGACGGCUCAUAAUGAAGGGAAUGUGCGGGGACAGCUCACGAACGAAAUUCAUGUGAAGUCGGCGAGGGUUUUCUGA